AUGUAUUGGGAGAUAACAACUGUAGACCUUGAACAAUGCUCUAAGGUAUUUUCAGCAAAGCGGGUGUUUGCUCGCCUACGCGAUGAUCAUUCGCUCGUGGUGUACAAUCCUGACACAAAAAUAUGGCGGCCGUACUAUCUCGCUCCAGGAUCUCAUUUAAAUCUAGACUCGCUGAAUGUACGAGGAUUGCAUGAAACUUUCGGAAGAGCUGGGCGCAGAGUUGGUGCUGUUGAAUCUCCCCUUACUGUUUAUACAGAUGGGCCAGUUGUAGUUGCAAGGAUUAAAGCUGGACGAAAGCAGUUCUUUUAUCGGGUUACCUUU